AUGGAAAACGCAGACAAUCAGCACAACAUCACCGCUCAAUACUGCUUUCCCAACAACAAUGCAUCUUGCAGAAAGGAGGUCCGAACAGGCCCUGGAUAUUUAUUGCUGUAUAUUAUUCUCUCAUGUGUUUCUGUGUGCACUGUGCUUUUUAACCUGCUGGUGAUCAUCUCCAUCUCUCACUUCAAGCAGCUCCACACUCCAACCAAUAUACUCAUCCUCUCUCUGGCUGUGGCAGAUCUACUUGUGGGGCUGUUUGUAAUGCCACUGAAAACAAUGCAACUUUUUGACUCAUGCUGGUAUCUUGGCAAACUGGCAUGCUCUAUUUCUGAGAUAAUCACUGGUCUCUUAGUUUUAGCGUCUCUCUAUAACCUGGUUUUUAUUGCAGUUGAUAGGUAUGUUGCUAUAACUGACCCUAUGUUUUAUUCUAGAACAGUAACUGUUUAUAAAAUGUCUGUGUGCAUACUUCUAGGCUGGUCUUUCUGUCUACUGUAUGUCAUUAUUUUUAUGUACUUUAAUGAUCACCUCACUCCAUCUCAGAUGUACACCCGGUGUUUUGGAGAGUGCAUAGUGUUUGUACAAUUUUCCUGGGUGAUCGCUAACAUGUUAUUUUUUUUUCUGGUCCCUUGCUCUAUUAUAAUUAUCUUGUAUUCACUUAUUUUUAAAGUGGCAAGACAUCAAGCUAAAGCUGUUAGAGCUGUGAGGAACGGUGCCUCAAACAAUGGGCCCAAAGUUUCAAGCUCUUCUGAAACUAAAGCAGCAAAAACACUGGGGAUAGUGAUUAGUUUUUUCUUUGCUUUUUGGAUCCCGUUUUAUAUAAGUUCUCUCUCGGUUAAAAGCUUGACAACUUUGUCAAUGGUCUGGACAGUGUUUACCUGGCUAAUGUUCAGUAACUCCUUUGUUAACCCCCUAAUUUAUGCCAUAUUCUAUCCCUGGUUCCGACAAUCAGUAAAGUGUAUUUUAACUUGUAGAAUAUUUGAAUCCUCAUCUUCUCAGUUUAAUUUGUAUAGAGAUCAUUCCUAA